AUGGUUGAAGUCAGAAGAACUGUAAGAAUCACAACAACGCAACACGUUCUGAAGGACGUCGCUCCUGUACAGGAGGGCUUUCCCAUGAGAGGUUGGUCAAUAGAGAUAUGCUUGGUGGAUGAUAAAGGUAAAGAGGUGCCUGCAACCCUUUUUGAUAAGGUUACAUAUCACCUUCAUCCUACAUUUGCGAACCCAGUAAGAAGUUUUAAAAAGCCACCAUUUAGAAUUGAGGAAAAGGGAUGGGGUGGAUUUGAUAUUCCCAUUACCCUUACUUUGAAGGACAAAGGCGGGGAGAAAAAGCUGAAUCAUGACCUUAAUUUUAUGAAAGAGAAAUACGUUGUUGAUCAAGUUAUUACAGUUAAUUCAAACAAAUCCCCUCUUUUAAAAGAAUUGCUGAAAUCAGGACCGGUUCCUAACUUUAAUCCAAAUGAACCAAUGACAAAUAAACGGAGAAGUGCUAGCUCUGCUGACGCACGGAGUGUGAAAAAGAUGAAGACAGGUGCUUCAAAGGCAGGCGUUGAUUUAGAAAGAAUGGCGGACUAUUUGACCAAGCUGAAUGAGGAUGAUCUACUAGGUGUCGUGCAGAUGGUUAACGAUAACAGGACAGCCGAAAUGAACAUAAAAAAUGAUGUGGAAAAGGGAGAAUUUACAAUGGACCUCUACACGCUUCCAGAUACGUUGUUAAAGAGUCUUUGGGAUUAUGUGAAGAAAAGAGCUGAGUAA